GUGAUUUAGAGCAGGUGGGAAGCUCUUAUGGGGGGGUGUGGUCCUAGGAGGGGCGUGGUUUGCGUGAUGUGGUAUAAGGCGGGGCCUGGACCUCCGUGGGGCGGUACGGGGUGGGGGCGGGGCCAGCGCGGGUGGAGUGGGCAGCGAGAUGCGGGGCUCGAGCUGUGUGGGCGGCGGUGGCGAGAGCCCAGGCAGCGCCGGGCUGAGCGAGGCUCCCCGUGGCCGAUGGCUGCGCCUUGCUCCGGUGUGCGCCUAUUUCCUGUGUGUGUCCUUGGCCGCCGUGCUGCUUGCGGUGUACUACGGGCUUAUCUGGGUACCCACGCGGCCGCCCGCCGGCCCGGCCGACCCCCUACCCAGUGCGCCUGCAGCUCCUUGUGCCCGUGCAGCGCCACCCGUCCAACCUCCUGCCGCCUCCUGCUUGCUCGGAGCCUCCGGCGGGCCAAGACUGCAGCCGCCGGGACUGCCACGGAGCCGCCGCCACAGCCGCCGCCCAGCGCCUGGAGCGACGUCCGAGACCGUGUCCGAGACUGUGCACCGAGCGCCGGGAUAGCCGCGGCCUUCGCCAACUCCCUCCGCACCACUGGGCCUCGCCUGCGGCCUCAUCUCCCCUGGCCGUGGUCCUGAUCCAGACCGACUUCCACCCACCACGUUCCUCCCUGGAACUCAGCGUUCAUCUGCAAUAAACUCCAGCCUCAGCUGAGCUUCCCUGGUCUGUGGUCGUCUGCAGCGCACGCUGGUCCCCUCUCGAACCCUGUAGUAUCGCAGCCUUAGAGGCUUUUCUCUUCAUUGCUAACAUGUAAAUUUUGGGUUGAAUUGGGGGGAAAAGCGGCUUGCCAGUUUCAGGGCUGUUGAAGGUCAGAUACUGUGAAGGCCUUAACAGUUUUCGGUGUGUCAAGGAUGGGGCCCUUGUGUCGGAGGAGACAAUCAUGGGAACUGCUGUUGGUAUAGUUUGCAGUGGCAGGAAUAGAAGCUGUCGCUUGUGCUCUUAGGCCCUGGCCAGUGAUGCUGUAGCUUUUUUCCUGGAGUCAGAGAGAUGAACCCGGGGUUUGGGCGGUGACAGUACACAUUUGCUGCUUUGGGAAGUGUAGAGUAUAUAACUGAACCAAAAAAAUGAGGUGGGUACAGCCUCUGGGCUAUACUGCUGCUGGUGCUUUGACUGAGAAGCUGGUAUAGCUUCUGAUAAAGAAGUCAGGCGAUUGAGUCCAUUUUCCCUUACCUGUUACUGCAGCCUGGCCUUAGGCAGGCUGGGAUACCCUGCUGCAAGAAGGGGUUUUCCUGUAUGACCUUCUUUCCCCUUGAGCUGGACAGCAUCCCAGGAACUGAGCUUUGUGUCAGCUGGGAGCAUGUCAUCUGCCCUACUGGUUCCCUUCUGUUCCACCAGCAUUCCCCACAGGACAAUGCACAGCCAUGUACUUAACCUCUCUGGUCUUGUAAAAUGAAGAUAGCCCAAUUUUGCUCAGAGAAUUAAACUCGUGAUCCAAACCUGAGGACGGUGUUUUGGCUUGCUCCCUGUCUCCACCUUGUCCUUCAGCCCACUCAGAGUCACCGCUUACAUUUCCCUGGGUAGCCUGUCAGCCCAAAGUGCCACACACCAGUAAGUCGUGAGUUGGGAGGAGAGGCCCUCCUUUUUGUCCCUCUGUGCUUCCUUUUCUGCUUUCCAAUUUCUUCUUCCAACUCCAUGGUCCUCAGCCUUUCUUCUCAUCUCCCUCCACUAUCUUCUCCCUGCUUUUCCUUUUUUUCUGUCUCCAGAGGGUCUCCAUUUAUUGUCAUUGUGCUUCUGUGUCUCAUGACUUAACCCUUGGAUGUGAGGCAAGGUCUCACUGACAUAGCUCUGGCUGUCCUUGUGUUCUCAGCAAUUCUCCUUCUAAGUUCUGGAAUUACAGAUGUGUGCCACUAUGUCCAACUAGUGGAUUUUGAAUUCUGACCAGCUCUGAUGACUUUAAACAUUUUUUUUGGUGUGUGUGUGUGGGGGGGGGAUGGUGUUCUACCUCCCUCUCACAUGGUGACAGAUAACUCAAGCCAAGCUGUGUGUGUGUGUGUGUGUGUGUGUGUCCCUUCCAGUGUGUUCACACAUUUGCUGCAAAAAGAUUACCAUGUCUGAUGGAGGACAUGGACCGUGCCUGCCUCAGGCCGCUGGGGGUUUGCAUGAUAGGUGCAGAAUGGCCUCUCUAAAAUUGGAUCAACCUUGAAUUCUGAAAUGCAUCUGUCCCUGAAGACCUCAGCUAAGGGACUGGUGACUUGCAGUUUGGCACACUGUCAAAUCUAGAUUUAUCUUAAUUACUAGUUCAACAUUUAUUUAAUGGUUUUGGAAAAAACCCCUAAUUUUCCUUUUUUUUUUUCUCAUACAGCCCAAGUUGUUCUUGAACUUGCUGUGUAGCAGAGAGAUGACUUAACGAACACAUGUCUACUCACCCCAAACAGGGCACUGUCAAGUGAAUUUUGGGGGAGGGGCCUCAAGUACAGGAGAGUGUGGGUGACCCCACUGAAAAGCCCAUUCUGGCUGGUGACUGACAGUUCAUGGAAGGGGCGUUCUGGAGCUGAGCAGGCCAGUCUCAUGUCACCACUCUUUGAACCCAAUUGACAUGCUGGUCAAAGUCAUUCAGCUUUCCCAGAGCUGCUCAUGCCUUGAAGAUCAUACCAUGGACCUCAGAGAGGCCCUUAGGACCUGUAUCAUCCCAAGACCCCCGUGGGAUCACCCUCUUGCUAUUUAUUAGUGAUCAUGUGUGCACAACUUGUGGAGGUUAGAGGAUGACUUUUAGCAAGUUUUUUUCUCCUGACACUAUGGUACCCAGGCAUUGAACUCAGGCCCUCGGGUUUAUGCCACAGACAUCGAGACUCAGUGAGCUAUGUCCUGGAUCUGUAUAAAUGCCAUGACGUCAUGAUCACUCCAUGGUGUGGUUAAGGGGGAAGGUUUUUUAGAUAGGUGGGGGGAGAACGUAGCCAGAGGCCUCUGGAAGAAUCCAGAGCAGAGAGAAAGAAGACUGAACAUGGCCGGGCCAGAGCAGGGCAAAGAGACGGGGUGGAGGAGGAGAACAGGAGAGGAAGACAGAGUUCAGACGAGAGAGAGGGAGCAUAAUCAAAAUAGGGCUUUAAGAAGAGUCAGUAGCUGGGGGAAGGAAGCUCAUGAGCAGGAGUUUAGGGUAGGGAGGAGGUGAGAAGAUCAGAGUCGGGAUGCUAGCAUGAACUCUGAAACGUGGAGCAGGCAUGUGUGGUACUGAGGAGCCUGGAGGCCAACAUGUGCUUUGGUAUGCCAAUAGGCACCACUGAUACCACUUUGUCCCUUUUGCUAGUGAUAAGGAAAAUGAUUUGUUUUGGUAGAGGGAAACCUGCUUCAUAAGUUCCUGAGGAAUGCUGGCCUUUGUCUAACCACCAGAAUUUAGGGAAGUGGAGUUUCUUUUUGAGCUGGCAGGAUCAUUUUUCUUUCUCUCUUUUAUUCUUUCUUUUUUACAUUUAUUUAUUUUACAUGUAUUGGUGUUUUGCCUGCAUGUGUGUCUGUGUGAAGGUGUCAGGUCUGCUGGAACUGGAGUUACAGACAGUUGUGAGCUGUCAUGUGGUUGCUGGGAAUCGAACCCGGGACCAGUUGGCAGCCAGUGCUCUCAACCACUGAGCCACUCUCCAGCCCCAGGCUCAUCUUUCUUAAGUCUCCUGUAGUUCUCUGGCCUGGUGAACUGAGCAUCAGAUGUUGCUCUUCUCAUGCCGCGUUCUCAUCAGUACCAAUCAUUCCUCUGUCUCUGAUGCCCAUGGGGACAUGUGUCCCUAGUGUCCCAUAGAAGCCAGGCUCACAGGGUCUGCUCUCCCUCAGGUCAUCUCAGCUUAUGCAGCCUUUGUCUUGAAGAGGGACGGAUAGCUCCAUUGCGCAGUUUUUUUCUGCCUCCAAGGCAGCCAGACUGAGUCCGUACGCCCCCACGUCUCACAGUCUCACAAGCUAGCGGUGACAGGCUCUUUCACUGCAUGUUUAAAAGUCUUUGCCAGUUUGAGUAGUUUGGGUGCAGAGUGUUCCCUGCCAGUCGUCCCCUUGGAUCAUCCAUUCUUGUGUGUUGAAUCCCGGAUUCUGUUUCUCUCUAUUAAACGUCGGGCUCAGGGGCUGGCUCCUGUUACUCCCCCUGCCCUCUUCCCCAUUCUUGUUUCUUUCUGUGGGUUCCCAGUUCCAGCAGCCCUAGGCACCCAUCUCACCUGUGCACUUUUGCCUCUCUAGCCAGAAAACAUGGCAACCCAGCUCCUUCAUCUCAUCCUGUCUCUUGUAUCAGAUUUACUGUGCAGUAUCAGAGGCAAGCCCACCUGCCAAGUCAGAGGCUAACGUGGAGGAUGCUGGGUGCAUGUUCUUGGUCCCAUCACCCAGGAAUGGUCACACAGUGGCCAAGCCUGUCCCACGUGUGCUACUCUUGGGAACUGCAGGGUGUUUCAUGUUCCUACAGCCAUGUUCAGUGACUUCAUCCUGAGGCAGUGGACGCCACUUAUCCAGUCAGGACUCCACUUCAUACCACGUUACGAAAACAUAGCCACCAUGGGAUUUUCCACCUUGGUUCCGUAGUCUGUCAACCGUCUGGGAUCAGAAGACCACCACUCGGCAAGGAGACACACUGCCACCCCAUGCUGUAAAGAAUGGGAGCUAUGUCUAGGUGGAGAAGUGAGUGCCCUUGCCUCAUCCUGUGCGGGUUAAUCCAAUGGGCAGGACAGACUGGUUUACAGAGGAGACUUUGUCUGGAAAGGAAAACCAAACAACAAAGUAGGGCUGCCAUAACUCGGCGCUUACCUAGCACGCACACAGCCGCGGUGUUCAUUACUGUCCUCAACCAGAUGAGAUCUGGAGUUGCCUAGGAGACAAGCCUCUGGGCAUAUAUGUGGGGGAUCAUCUAGAUGACCUGAGGUGGGAAGACCCUCACACUGUGGAUGACACCAUCCCAUGGCGUGGGAUCCUGGACUGAAUAUGAAGGAGAAAGCAAGCUGAAUGCGUCAUUCAUCUCAACAACCUGAACGGGAACAAGGUGUGAUUAGCUGCCUCAACUCCUGCUGCCCCAUGGGCUGUUCUCUAGUUAACCCUUCCUUCUUUAAGUUGCCCAAGUGCUGGGAUUAAAGGCGUGACCACACCUGGCUUUGUCCUUGUUUUUUGAGACAGGGUUUCUCUGUGAAGCCCUGUCUGUCCUGGAGCUAGCUCUGU